UCUACGGUGUGGUUGUGUUUGCCCAUUUGCCCGUGCAGGGGACACAGUAAUUCUUUCUUUAGUCAGUAUUUUACCAGGCAGUGCUUAAGGCAGUAAAAACAGCGACGCAGUCCAUGAUGAAAGAGCCGGAGAAAAUCGAUGGUUGGACCAAGAAAUGGAUCAAAGUUUUUCUCUGCAUGCUGUGCACCAUGCUUUGCUACCUUUUCGUGCUCCUUAUGACGAUCAGUACGGUUAGCAAGCUGCAGUACGAACAGCUUAAUGUGUUCAUGGAUAUCCGAAUGUACCGCUUGGUCCUUUUCCUGAUGGCAGUCGGUACACUUUGCUUUGUGUGCGCGUUUAUUGGAUUCGUUGGAGCAUGGCGAGAAAACUUCCCCAUUCUUUACACGUUCUGCUCGCUCCUGAUGGUGUUUUCGCUAAUGGAAGGCACAGUUGCAUUCAUUGGAUACACGCAGCGACACAAAAUGGAAACGGAUAUGGAUACGAAUCUAUGGUUUUCGAUCAAUCAGUAUCAAAUGGAUAUUACUUGGCAGCCGUAUGUGGAUACGUUGCAAACGCAGCUGAAAUGUUGCGGUGUGCAAAAUUACACCGACUGGUUGAUGGCCAUGCCACCGGACGAAUACACGGCAGAAGAUAAGGAACUGAUAUCACAGCUCAUCCCGUUAUCGUGUUGUGAUUCAACGGAUAACGUCCAAUGCACGGUGUACGAAACCGGAUGUCAUAGUCGCUUGUACGACAUAUUUUACGAAACCGGAAAAACGGUUUUACUAAACACACUUGUAGCGGUUGUGAUCCAGUUAUUCGGUGCGAUGCUUACUUUCUACUUGCUACGAAAGCUUAGGAUGUUUAUCGUUUAUCGUGAUGAUGAGAAGCAUACAUACCAUCGUAAUUUAUUCGCUUAUUCUAAAAUGGAAAGCAUAGAUGAAUCGACUGGAAAGGUAUGAAUGAAGCAAAAAACUAUAUCUGCCUUCUUUCCCCUGGCAAAAAGCUAACAGCUUGCUAAAAGCUAAUACCUUCAAUGUUCGGCAGCUUAUCAACCACGGCAUUUGAUAAGAAUUUACGAUAAGACCAUAUCGAUGUCGUUUAUGUGCCAAUGUGUACUGUGUAUAAAUACACAAACCAUUAGUGUAACGUAAUGUGCUUGGUACCUACUUAGAGUGAUAAUUGUUAAUAUUUCUAAAAUAAAGAUUGAGAUU